AUGAAGAACCAAGGAGAUGCCAUCAAGAAGCUUGAAUCCCAAGUAGGAUUUCUUUCUCAACAAAUAUCUAAAUCCACUGACAGUUUUUCAAGUGACACUGAGAAGAACCUGAGAGGAGAAAUAAAGAAUGUGAGAUGGGAAGAAUGCAAGGCAACUACUCUAAGAAAUGAGGAGACUUUGGAGGGAGAAAUCAGCAAGCCAAUAGAGCACAACCAAGGGGUUCUAAAGGAGAAGUUGGAAGGGAUAGAACAAGGAAUUGACCCUGCACAAAGGAAGGAGCCAAAGGAGGAGGAAAACUUGAAAUCUUAUGUACCAAAAGUACCAUUCCCUCAGAGACUCAGGGGUGGUGAGAAAGAGAAGACGUAUUCCAGGUUCUUGGAUAUAUUCAAGUCCCUUCAUAUCAAUAUUCCAUUCAUUGAAGCCCUCCAACAAAUGCCUUCAUAUAUCAAAUGCAUGAAGGAGUUGCUAAUAGAGAAGAGUACCUUGAAGGGUGGGCAAACAGUAGUGAUAACCAAAGAAAGCAGUUCUCUCAUCCAGAAGGACUUGCCUACAAAGAAGAAGGAUCCAGGAAGUUUUCACAUCCCUUGUGCUAUAGGGGAUACCAUGAUUGACAAAGGGUUUUAUGAUCUUGGAGUGAGCAUAAAUCUAAUGCAUCUGUCUCUCAUGAGGAAGCUGCAAAUUAAUGAGUUGAAAUCCACAAAUGUAAUCCUUCAACUGGCUGACAAAACCCAGAAACAAUCACUAGGAGUAGUUGAAAAUGUGCUGGCCCUCACAUGA